AACUCGAGCUAGAUAUAAGCUAUGGCAAAAGCCCCAUUAAACUGCCUUGUUUAGGCUCCAUCUACAUCUAAACCUCUCACUCUGGCUACCUCAAUAUGGGGCUUCAGCUCCUUGAGGAAAUCUCUGUCUCAUCGCGAUUCACCUGCAACGCUGUCGCUGGCGUGGUACAACCACUUUAGCACCUUGUGCCAGCACCUUGAUUGAGGUAACCCAACCUACCAUCCAGGCCCAUGCCUUGGAGACGAUGCUGGCCAUUGAAACCCGCCCAUGUGUGUGCUGUGGCGCUGGGGCCAGUCCAAAGCCAGGGUUUAGUAGAAUCUCACCUCCAGCUAGGAACGGGACUUGGUUAACAAUGCCACGCGGCAUGGGAGGCGUAAGAGGCAAAUUCUUCGUCGAUACAGGCUCCCUUUGCACCCAUCCAGAAACGAUUUCUGCUGCGGUGCCACAAAUAGUGCCUCCUGGGUAUCAUCGAGCAAACAAAUGAAUUGCCCUUGUUGUGUGAUAGCCAGGAGCACGAAACAAACAACAACAAGCGAUUCUCAAAUGCGCAGAUCCCAUCGUCAGACGUCUCAAAAUUGUUUAAGCCUCCGUGGCUCCACUACCGAGUAGGAAACGAUCCCGCUUACAGGGGUUGUUGGUGGGAGUGAUCUUCAGACGGGCGCGACGCACGAUUGUAUUAAGCCUGGCGCCAAUCUUUCGUCAUGGUGUUAUCAGGCACGUUGCCUGUCCCUCCACGCUGAGAGGCUGGAGGGUCAGGCCAAGAAAGGCAUGGAGCAAAAUUGCAGCCCAUCACGUCUCGUUGUUGACAUAGGUAACUGCAACAAGGCUGUGUUACUGGCGAUCGCAUCGUCACGGUUGAAUGGUAUGUACACUGAUAUCAGAGGCAAAGUCUAUCGAUUGCGUAGUCAGUCACGCGAGGGUUUAUGAGAUCAAACCUGACGUUAUGCAGCGAAGAUUAUCGGGAGCAAGCAACUACCGUGCUGGAUUUGUGGAAGUUUGUCAGGACAAUUCGGCUUUUGCUAUGGAUGUUUCCAGAGUUUAGGUACUCCCUUUGGCUACCUCAGAAUAUAUCCAUAGCAAAACGGCCUAGCAUCUCCAGUCAGCUCACAUAUGUACUCCGUAUCUCGAAAACGUUUGCGUAUUUCAAAGAGGGUUUCAUAUUCAAUUUUGACUAUAUAAUGGAUAUCAAUCAUCGCUAUUUUUAUUUCAGGGGAAAUCUUACAGCAGCUAGUGUUUUAUUAGCGUUCUUCUGUUGGUACAUUGCAGAGUUGCAAUGAUCCGGGGUUGCUGGUGACUUUAAAAGGGCCUGUAUCAUAAAGGUUUCGAGCAGCUGUUCCAACGACCCUUUGUUUACGUUGCAAAUUUAGAGUUUAAUACUAUGGUAUGACCUGCAUGAAUCGCCCGUGUUUCAAAUCAUGCGAAUGUAAGUUGGGCACAAUCGCAACUCGAAACAUCGUCGACGUUUUCCUUCCCCAGAAUCUUGAGUCUGAUUCAAGUUUGGACAUGGUAAUCCUCGGAAGUUUUCAGGUUCUGAUGUUCUUAUCUGCAUUUUGA